AUCCAACUCGGAAUUCUCUAGGCAAUCCGGUGCUAGCAUGAUAUUACCCACCUCAACCGUGCUGCCGGCAACAACAACAAUGGCCGCCGAAUGCCAAGCACAAAACGUUCUUCUUUCAACAUUGCAGCUAUGUCAACAAGCUAUCUCCAGUUUAAGAAACACCAUGAACAAAACUACAGAAGCAAAACAGUUAAAUUUAAGUACGGCAAUGUCAACAUCUGAGGCAGGAACUCCCUCCUCUCAGAUUUCAGCCGUGGAUUUAGUGUCAUCGGAAAUUCGAGCUGACAUAGUUGCAGAUGGACAGAUUUCGUCAGUUGGCUCCAGAUGCAGACAGCAUCAGCACUCCCUGCCCACCAUUGAAGGAAGUAAUCUGGACAGCGUCGUAAGCAGUUUGUGGGACCAAUCCAUUUCAAGUAAAACCCGAGCACUGUACCAAGUAAGACUUGACACUUAUGUUAAAAUUAACUUUACUUAGAGGAAUUCACAAACAAACAGACGGUCCUUUACCUCCUAUUUCUGAACAAAUGUUAUUAUAUUUUGUUGCUCAUUAUGAUGAUCAUCUCCAUUUGUCAUAUUCAACAAUCAAAUUAUAUCUUAGUGGCAUUAGAUUUUUCUAUUUGAAAAUGGAAGGUUUCAAUCCCUUAGAGAAUAUGUCAGGCCAACCUUUAGAAUGUUUAC